AUGGACUCAUUGUUUCUCAAUAGCGGUAGAUUGAUAAGAUUGUUCAUCGGCUCCUUCCUGAUUAUCAUCACCAGCAUAUUGUAUCCAAAAUGGCGUAGGUAUACCAAGAUCCGCGCACUCAAACGCCUACACAACUGCAAAGAACCAGCAAAAUACCCGCACGAGGAUCGCGUCUUGGGGUCAGAUAUGGAUAUCGCGCGCGCGCAAGCCAUGAAAGACGGGCGAUAUUUCCGACUCUACGGAGAACAAUUUGAGAAAUACGGGAAAACCUUUGAAGAGAUUUGGAGGGGUAGGCCAUUGCUUAAUACCAUCGAACCUGCCAAUGUCCAGAAGGUGGCUGCUCUGUCCUUUCAAGAUUAUGGGAAAGAUCCUGAGAGGGCAGUUGCGCAGGCUCCGUUGUUUGGACCCAGUAUCCUUUUUUCGGAUGGGCCGUUUUGGACGCAUUCUAGGGACAUGAUAAAACCCAUCUUUUCGAGGGGGAAGAUAUCGGAUAUUGAUCAUUUGGCGUCCUUUGUUGACCGGUUUAUGAACCUCCUUCCUGAUGAUGGGGGGAUGGUUGAUGUGCAGCAUUUACUUCGUCGCUUGUUCCUCGAUGUAUCGAUGGGGUUCAUAUUUGGGAGGUCUUUGGGAUAUUUGGAGCCAGAAAUAUCAACCGAGGCCACUGAGUUCCUGGAAGCUUUUGAGAAAGCUCAAGUAUGGACUAUUAAACGCCGAGAGUCAGGGUGGCGGCAGUUCCAGUUCUAUCGAAAGAAUGUCGACCAGGAGUACAAGGAGGCUUAUACGAAAGUCCACCGAUAUGUUGGCGAUCAAGUUGCUCGAGCGCUUGAAGAAACAACUGAAGAAAGACCCACUUCAGAAGGCUCUCAAGCGAAAAAACGCUACAUUUUGUUAGACGAGAUGGCCAAGCAAACUCGGGAUCCUAUCCAAUUGAGAUAUCAAAUCCUUGCGGUUUUUCUUCCUGCACGCGAUCUCAUUGGUGUCUCAGCAAGUAACAUGAUUUUUCAGCUUGCACGACAUCCUCAUAUUUGGACCCAGCUUCGGCGAAGAGCAUUAGAAAUGGGAGACGAAUCUCUGACAUUCGAAAACCUCAAGUCACUUGCCGAGUUUCGUUACGUUUUCCAAGAGACGGUUCGAACAAUCGGUCCUGCAGUACGAGUUUGGCGGAUCGCUGUUCGUGAUACCGUCUUGCCUGUUGGUGGUGGACCCGACCAGAAGAGUCCGAUUUUCGUCCCGAAGGGUACGCCUGUGGUGUCUGGGACUUGGGCUAUGAACCAUGAUAGAGGGACUUGGGGCGACGAUGUGGAAGAAUUCAAACCAGAUCGCUGGGUUGGUCGUAAAUCCAUGUUUGAAUUUCUUUCCCUUUGGGGUGGCCCUCGAAUCUGCCCGGCCCAGCAACAAGUCAUGACAUACGCCAUAUAUCUCUUGGUCAGAUUGACACAAAGAUUUGAACAUAUUGAGAAUUGCGACCCAGUACUCGAGUAUGUAGAGAAGAUUACGCCGUCCGUGGAGAGCAGAAAUGGUGUCAAGGUGGCUUUCAAGAACGACUGA